UGAGCCAUGCGGGUGGAUACUGCGCUUGUGUUCUUCAUCUGUGCCUGCCUGGCAGGCGCCGCCGGGAAGAUGGCUCGGUCGCGGGGUCACAAACUGGAGACCUUUAAACAAAGCAGGUCCCGAAGGGAAACAAGAAUGGAUGGAGGUUCAGGUCACAAAACAGGAGGCCCAAUCUACAAGAGAAGCCCUGACAUGACAAAAUCUCUGAUGACUAAAUCGGAGCAGCUUCUCAGAAUAGAUGACCACGAUUUCACGAUGAGGCCGGCGUUUGGAGGGCCUCCCAUUCCAGUCGGAGUAGAUGUUCAAGUGGAAAGUUUGGACACCAUCUCUGAAGUGGAUAUGGACUUCACCAUGACACUAUAUCUGCGUCACUACUGGAAGGACGAGAGGCUGUCCUUCCCCAGCACUAACAACCAGAGCAUGACCUUUGACAGUCGCCUGGUGAAGAAGAUUUGGGUCCCGGACAUGUUCUUCGUGCACUCUAAGCGCUCUUUCAUCCAUGACACCACCACCGACAAUGUCAUGCUGAGAGUUUAUCCUGAUGGCAACGUCCUCUACAGCCUCAGGGUCACGGUCACCGCCAUGUGCAACAUGGACCUCAGCCGCUUCCCUCUGGAUACCCAAACGUGCUCUUUGGAGAUAGAAAGCUAUGCGUACACGGACGACGACUUGAUGCUUUACUGGAAGAAAGGCAACGAAUCCCUGAACACGGACGACAGAAUAUCCCUUUCCCAGUUCCUCAUCCAGAAAUUUCACACCACCACCAAGCUGGCUUUCUACAGCAGCACAGGCUGGUACAACCGCUUGUACAUCCACUUCACCCUGCGGCGCCACAUCUUCUUCUUCCUGCUGCAGACCUACUUCCCCGCUACCCUCAUGGUCAUGUUGUCUUGGGUGUCGUUCUGGAUCGACCGCAGGGCCGUGCCCGCCAGAGUCCCCCUAGGGAUCACCACUGUGCUCACCAUGUCCACCAUCAUCACCGGGGUCAACGCCUCUAUGCCGCGGGUGUCCUAUAUCAAGGCGGUGGACAUUUAUCUGUGGGUCAGCUUUGUUUUUGUCUUCCUGUCGGUGAUAGAGUACGCCGCCGUCAACUACCUGUCCACCGUGCAGGAAAGGAAAGAGAGGAAGCUCAGGGAGAGACUGCCCUGCACGUGCGGCAUCGGCAACCCGGACGACAUGAUGAUCGACCCUCAAAUCACCGGAUACGGCGCCAUGGAUAUCAACACCACGGGGAACUACAGCAUGCCGGAGAACGGCGGGCGCCAGGAUCGAAUUCUGGCUCAGGUGGCCCUGAACGAUCCGCAACUCACGGGUCAGGUGAAGCCCUCCAGGGGCUACGUGAACAUAUGGAUCGACACGCACGCCAUAGACAAAUACUCGCGUGUGGUCUUUCCCGGAGCUUACAUCCUCUUCAACGUCAUCUACUGGUCCAUCUACUCGUAAGGUGCACGUACGGGAGCAAUGUGCGCCGUGGCGCGCCAAACUGAGAGGAACUGACUCAUGGCACGUGUAGGACUUGGUGGAAACGCCACUGAGAACGAGGAUCACCGCCUUCUCAACAGCAGCCUCUUACAACCGCUCCAAAAGUGUGUGUGUGUGUGUGUGUGUGGGGGGGUGUAUGUGCGUGCUGUCAUGCUGUAACUGUUGUGGCAUUCACGGGAAGACGUUUGCUAUCGCUUGAUGUACCGCCUGCUAUGACGGGUGAAAGCAGCACUUUUUCAGUCCGCGAGGAAUGAACAGAUGCAAACACCGCACAAAUAUGUUUCUUGUUCUAUAUUAUGAGUAUUAAAUGUUUUGGGGGGGGGUCUUUGGUCACAAUUGCUCGGAGGUUUUAUUUGGACCCGAGCACCAGGCGACGUGAAGACUCUCUUCGAAUUGCUCUCUUGGUUAUUCUGCAGACAAAAUUAAUGGCCUUUUUGAGAGCCUCAACAUGCCCGCUAUUUAUUUAUCUAUUUAUUUAUUUAUGUAUUUAUUUUCAUAAAUGUGUUUAUGCUGGUGAAAAUUGAUGUAUUCUAGGGAUACCCAGCUUCGCAGCCUGAAACUCACACAGGCAUGCCUGGAGUGUGAGGCAACAGUAAUGAUCAUAGAAAAGACACUGUUGUUGUGUUAUCGUCUCUGAUGUUUUAUUAUUGAAGCAACAGAACCAUACAUAAAAGAAGCUAUCCUACGACAUGGGUGGAGAAUGACAACAACAUUUGAAAGCGACUGAGAAUUUACCAUGGAAAAAAUCAGAAGGGCCUGUGGAUCACUACCUGCCGUGUUAUCAUUCUUCCAACAAACGACACAUCUUUUUUAAACCUCAGUAAAUAUGUAUCCAUGUAUGAGCACUUGUGUUCUGCCCUCUCAAACGUAGGGGGGAAAAAGAGAACAUCAGUUUCACCGAUCAACAUGAAAUGUGUGAAAUUUGGCGGUGCUCCAUAAUAACAGCAUGUGAAGGUUUUCGGAUCAAGGUUUUUAUGCUGCUGAUUCUGAUACCGAUCACAAAUUUCCGUCCCUUUAUGAUAUAAAAAUAACAUUAUUUCAAAUACACAGUUCAGAAAAUGUACAACCAGAGUCUGCUGCCGUAGUUUUCCACAGAAAUGGGUGGCCGAUCGAUUGGAGCGCCACUAGAACUAGCACAAAAAAAAAUCUCAAGGACCCCUGGGUGAAAUUCAUCUCUUGUGGUUCGAAAUUACACCAAUCAGCAAGAAAUUGGAUGGACAUGUCUAUCCUAGCAGGACAGAAGAAAAAGUCUCAAGGACCCUUAUCCAAACUUGAACAGUAAAUUGGCCAUUUUGGGCAUAUUCUUGGGCUCCAUCCAUUUUUUUUCCAAGGGUAUGUCCUCUUUAGGGUGAGCUGGAGUCACGGCAUACCUUAGAUCGGUUGUCAGUCAACUGCGUGGCAUCAUAUUAACAAACCUUUAUUUGCAGUCACAUUCACACCUACAAACACAUCGAGUCUGCAUGCUUGUUUUUGAGAUAUUGGAGGAAGCAUGGGAAUGAAACACAAACUCCACAAAGGAGGCCCUGAGCCAAGAUUCGAACACACAACCUCUCAACUGUGAGGCUGGCAUGCUAAUCAUCAAAGUUUAAUGAUCAUUUUGAGGAUUAGCAAUAAAAAAGUGGUGAGUCCCCAUUCAUCACUGCUUGUAGCUUUAUUUUCUUUUUAGACUUUCAUGGCAGGUCAGAUCAACUGGUCUUACGGGUUGUAUUUUUUCGGCCCACGUACCCGAGGUUGCCUGCCCCUGAACUGGAACACUGAGACACUGCAUCAUCUCUUUCUGCACACUUGCCAAUCACUUACACAACACCGAGCCUCCUCAUGACAAUCAGCAAGUGAAAUAUGACUCGAUGUAUGUUUUCUUGUGUGACUUUCAUAUCAGUGCUUUGAAGCUACCACGUUGCAUCUUGGUGACUGGAAAAAAAAAAAAAGCACUGGCUAAUGUACCUAAUCAUUAAAUGACUAUUCUUGAUUAAAACAAGGACAACUUAAUUUCUCUGUUGAGUGUUGAGACUUGUGAGGGCUGCUGUCAUCCUACCUGGAUACUUACACUCACAACACAUUUUGCUGCUUUACGAGUAAAUUAAUCAAUCAAUAAAUAAAUCAAUAAAACUA